UGAGACGAUCAGAUCUAUUAUUAUUAUUAAUUACAAUUACAAUAAUAUAUAGAUAUAAAGUGCGCGUUCACCUCUAACUCUUCACUUUUAGUUUGUUAUUUUCAGGUACACGAUAUGGUGGCACUUUUGUUGUCCCCCCCCCCCCUUUUCUAGACUGAGUUAUGACUCCCUAAGCGAACAGAGAGAAGUAAGGAGAGAGGAAAAGAGAGUAAGAGACAGAGAGAGAGAGAGAGAGAAAUUGUAAAUGGUUGUCAACAAGCAGCUUUUCAAGUUUCAAGUAUUCCGCGAUUAAACGAGAGAACUGUAUCAAAUAAUCCGCGCGUCGAAUCAUAAUCUACGCUUUCUUUCUCUAAUGCAUGUACGUACCUGGAGAAUAAACCGCGUGGCGUGUCGAGAAGUGCCAAAGUGAGCGCAACAGGGUGGAAACUGUCAAAACGAGUUUUUUCCAUCCGCUCGUUCAGGAACGCAGACUUUGAUGAAUGUCUGAGAGUGAUUACGAUUCCGCAAACGAGUACACAAGCCUGAUGGACGGUCACGUCGAGUCUCGCACGGAUGACGUGAUCCUGGGCAAUGAGCAUCGCCGUAAGGGUCGGUCUAGGAACACCAGCGAAGAAGUGGAAAAUGGGGUACCCGAAGUGCAUAUUGAAUCACCAGACACGUCUAUAGAACGAUCGAACAGACGAGGCACGUCCGGUAGCAAUAAUCAAAAUAGACAGGCACGCCAGGCGGAGGAACUGGAAUUGUUAUACGGCGCAGGGCAUGUGAUAAAACUCUUUGUCCCUGUCUCGCUGUGUAUGCUGGUUGUAGUUGCUACUAUUAGCUCGGUGAACUUCUAUACGACUAAGGGAAUGUACUUAGUAUACACUCCUUUUCACGAGGAUACCACUGACACGAGUACCAAAGUUUGGCAAGCAUUUGCCAACUCGCUGAUUCUCAUGAGUGUCAUUGUAUUUAUGACUGUGAUACUGAUCCUUCUUUAUAAGUACAGAUUUUACAGAAUCAUACACGGAUGGUUGAUGAUAAGCUCUUUGCUACUGCUUUCAAUGUUUUCCCUUCUAUUUUGCGAGCAAGUACUGAAAGCUUACAACAUUCCGAUGGACUUCUUCACAAUAGGUAUAGGUUUAUGGAAUUUCGGCGCAGUUGGAAUGAUUACUAUUCAUUGGUGGGGGCCGCUGCAACUUCAACAAGCAUAUUUAAUCUUUAUUUCUGCUUUAAUGGCGCUCGUUUUCAUUAAGUAUUUACCAGAAUGGACGGCAUGGGUUGUACUUGGCGUUAUAAGCAUCUGGGAUUUGAUUGCGGUGUUGACGCCCAAAGGCCCGCUACGAAUACUCGUGGAAACGGCGCAGGAACGAAAUGAAUCUAUUUUCCCUGCUCUAAUAUAUUCUUCCACCAUCUUGUACUCAUUCACUGUGACUUACGCUGGAUAUGUACAAGCGGCUACGAUGGCGUCUGGAGACACCGCGGUGUCUCCCACGCGUGAUCAAACGGACAAUCAAAAUAAUCGCGAGGAAGAGGGUGGUUUCACCCCUGAAUGGGUGGAAACACACGGUGAACGUAGCGCAAGGCGCGCCCAAGAACUGCGGGAAAACUCGACUACAUUGGUAGAGGACGCAAGGCAACAAGAGAAUCGCCCGCAAGAACCGCAAAAUGCCGAGGACGAGGAACGCCAAAUCGCCGAGGAAACGCGUCGAAUCGGCUCGGAGGAGCGCGGGGUUAAACUAGGACUUGGCGAUUUCAUAUUCUACAGCGUACUUGUCGGAAAGGCGUCCAGCUACGGAGACUGGAACACUACGUUGGCUUGCUUCGUCGCUAUUCUCAUCGGCCUGUGCUUGACGUUGCUGUUGCUGGCCAUGAUUAAGAAAGCGCUGCCCGCGUUACCGAUUUCCAUCACAUUCGGACUGACGUUUUACUUCGCCACGCGAGUAUUCGUCGCGCCGUUCGCGGACAGCUUGGCGAGCGAACAAGUGUUCAUUUAAAUCUAUAUUUAUAACAAAUAUUCUUAUUAUUUAGUAUAAUUUAUUGCAGGAAUAUCGAAGGAAAAAUGCUAAUUUACUUACCCGUUCAAUAUCUGUCCCAUCACUUCAUUCGGGAAUCCGAUUUUUCCUUCGAAUACACGCGCAUUCGUUUACGCGACUUUUUGAAUUACAAGAAUCAAGAGACGGAGAGUACCUACAUUUCGUAAUCUUUAGAUAUUCCUGAGAGAAUUGUACAUCAAAUAUAUAUUACGAAACGCUCAGAAAAAAAAGAAGGAAAAAACGAUUUAAAUUUGUAAUAUAGCGAGACAGAAUAUGGAGAGAAUGUUAGAAGAUGUAGUUACUUAGUAUUUUUCUAUGCGAAGCAUUUCACCAAUAUAUGCGCCUCGUCCUGAAAUCACGGAGAUACGUUUUGUCGCGGCGAUACAUAACAAGAGGCCGGAUGCAUUAUAACAAUUUAUUGUACUCCAUUGUUACAUUUACCGAACAUAAGUCUCAAUUAGAUUCGAGUAUAAAAAAAGCGGAUGACGACGAUGGAUCGCUCUUCUCGCACGGUGAAUCGUAUGAAAUGUGAGGUAAUGUCCGUUCGAAUAAGUAAUAACUGCCUCAAUUGUACACACCUCGAUUAAUACGCGAUACGCACCUCUCAAACGGUGUUGCGUUAUGCUAUAGAGCGCCAAGUUUACUACUAACUACUUAGCCAGGUUGAUUCCUCGGGGUUUCCUCGAGUCCGAUUACACACAGCCAUGGAAUAAAUACUUUUUAUCGUACUACAGAGAAGCGUGUUUAUCGUAUUUGUGUGGCGCUUAGUAUUUAUAGAUUUUUAACGUACUGAAUAAUAGCGAAUUUUCGCGAAGCUAAUUACUUUUUGUUUUCGUCGCGUCUCUUGAUAUGUAACUUUGAGAAAGCAUUUUAUAUAUUAUCCCAAACGAAACUCUUGCCGAUAAACAAAAACAAAAAAACGUUUUUGGUAAACUUUAAUACUUUUUAAUUGCACAUAGACCGAUCAAUUUGACCGAUCGUCAUUUUUAGCAAUACCAUAACGCAUUUUCGAAAUCGAUAAUUAUGUAAUCGUGUAUAAUCGUAUGUGAUCAAGCUUUGGUUCAAUAAUAUUUCAAAUAAAUGCUGAAAAUUGUGUAACGAC